AUGGCAUUCAAGUCCUUCAAAGGGAAGAUCUCGUACCCGAAGAAGGCGUACCACCACAGGGCGACCAACGGGUGCUCGCCCAACAGCCAGCACCAGGGGACUCAUACUGGGAAUGGCAGCACGACACCUUUCUUCGACAGUUCGUACCACCAGCAUUUGAGGCAGAACCAUGGGCUCGUGCAACUCGAGGCCACGGCGAACGCAGCACAGAACGGUAACACGAGUCUGUCGCCACAUCUGGUGACGGGCGCAAACACAGGUUACAAUGUGAUGGAUGAUAUGUUGUAUCACGGCACUGUGACACCGGCUACGCAGGCGGCGGCGGCCGUGGCCGUUGACAAUAUCCAGCCAAUGUCGGCGGCGUACUGCAGUCUGACGGCACAACAGCAAUUCAUGUGGCAGAGGAAUGGACCCAGUGGCACACAGAUCUCACAUAAUGCAGUGCAGGGAAUGGACAUUGCUCAGCAUGCUACAAACAUCCUGCGCAAUAACCAAGCACAGAGCACACGGUUCUAUUCUACGACGACAACAACAACAAAUAAACCACGCACGGAAAAGGACCUCAUAGAUAAUACUUCGCCUUGGGAGCAGGAUACAGAGACAGGCUUAAACAAAGAUACGUACCUACAGACCCAUUUAAGGCAAAUCGAUGAAUGUUACAAGACGGGCGAUUACAACAUGAUCAACUCUUUAUACCAAUCUUUGAGGCGGAACGAUAUCGUCCCACCGUUACAAACGUACGAGAUCAUAUUCCACUCUUUCAACAAGAGACCCUUCGACGACAACAACUUGAAUCUCAACGAAAAGAUGUUCCAACUGUUGAACUGCUACCAGGACCUGUUGAAAAACAAGUUAAAACCAACAACCACAAUUUACAACAUCUUACUGUUCCAAAUCUUUAAAAACUCGAUUGUCGCGUACGAGGCGAAAAAUAACAACGGGAUCGAUUUCUUUAAGAUAGGUAAGGAACUGAUCAACACGGUCGUGAAGAAAAAUAAACUGGAAAACACCACCAUCAACUACUACCUCUUGGCAAUGAACCUAUACGCGACCACUUCAACGACUGCUCAAGUGCCAAUACCAGACUUGACAUCAUUGAAACAAAAGGCAAUUGACUUAUCCCCAUCAUACGAGAAGGAUUCGUUCUAUUUCAUCUCCUUGGUUAACUUGGCAAAGAUUAAGAAUGACCUUGCCUUUACGAAAACUUUGUACAACGAGUUUUUAACCUCUUUGCCCCAAGAAAUCAAUACCUCGUUAAGGGAUCACCAAUUUGAAAUAUAUGCCGUGUUUGUGUCCAGCUUCAUCGAGACAGGGGAGGUAGAUUUAGCGGUCAAAAUAUUUGACAAAGUCAUCAAUGAGGUGAGGACGAAGGACGGUUACUCCCGCAACAUCUCGUUGCUCGUUACACAUUUUCUAGUGUCCCUGAGUAAAGUGGAUUGCCAAAAGGCUUAUAAGUUGUGUGAGAAAUUCAGGGAUUUGCCAUGGGUCCCCACUUUCACCUAUGAAUUCUACCUCCUGUUGAUGGCCAACAGUUUCCACGACUGGGAAUUGACGAAGAAAAUUUACAACUACAUCUACCCAAUGACCAGGACUUUCCACAAUGAACAAUCCCGUCUAAGCAGAAAUGCCAAUUUGUCAACUUAUUUAUUAUACCCUCAGCACACGAGCAACAUCGUGAACAUGCUCAUGGAUUAUGCGUUACAAUUGAGAGACUCGGACGUGAUUAUGAAACUAGUGGAAGAAUCCAUAAUCAAACAGUUUUCUUUCGAUAGCCAACUAUACCCAUUCAUCAUCCAAUACUUCAAACAAAUUGAGGCCCCAGGUGGAUAUUUACUACGGUUCAUUGAAUCGCAUGGAAAACUGCAACCAAACCUAAAUUUCCUCAACAGUGUCGUGCAAUUCUAUCAAGACUCCAAAGUGCUGUUACCGAUUAUGGAAAUGGAUUUCUUCACCAAAUUGUGUCAAUCGCUUGAGUUCAACGACGAGACGGUGGCGAAUCUGGGCGGGCUCAUUCAGUACAUGGGUUUCGUAAGGCGCUCGUUCCAUGCCAUUGAGAAAUAUCCAACAUUGAUGAAACUGCAAGCUUCACUCAUCACCAAAAUUUUUGACUUUGAUAUCCUGGAUCCAGCCAUGGCUGAGGAGCUAAACAACGGGACAACUUCCGCAAUGGUCCAACAGUUUGCUCAGUUCAAGAAAGAGACAGUCGAUCACUUCACCAAACUGGUCACGGAAUACCAACAAUCCAAUAUGGACCCUAAUGAGAUUGACCCGGUCGUCCCACAGGCUGCAAAGCUUGUUGGCAUGGAAACGGAAAAGGUUGAUUUUUUUGCGCACCCUGGUGAUUGGGAUAAAUCGUACCCACUUUCACUUGGUGACAUGAUCCAGCACUCGAGUAGGGCAGCAAUCAAAGAGUUUGAGAAUCUUUCCAGGCAAGGUUAUUGUUUUGACUAUGACACUUACAAGCAGUUGAUCCGGAAGAAAUACAUUAAUGACUCCAUUAUCGGGAAAGCGCUACGGUUCCAUAACGACAUGGACGAGAUGAAAUCGCUCAGAAACUUGAUCAUCGAUAAGCUGUCCGAUACUCAGCUAUACAAGCUUAUCAUGGAGUUCGACCACCGGAUUUUCAAGGAAAGCUACCUUCCUUACUUGAAUGAAAACUCCCUGAUUAAAAUGUGGAACUGUACAGAAGCUCCUGAAUUUCUAGAUUUGAUCAAUUUUCCAGAGAACUUCAAAACGAUCUCGUCUCAAGCAGAAAACAAAAACUUAGUCGCCAAGAUAUACGAAACCUUCUUUCAAAAUAAGAGGUUCGAUGCCAUUCUGAACUUUAAUGAGAUCUGUCCAGUAUUGGAUGUGGAAGUUCUGCUAAAAUCGUGCAUAAGAGCAGGCGAAAACGCUAAAUUUGAGUCUCUGUUUUCUAAAUUCCAAUUGUCUCUGGGGGGUCCCGUCAAAGUUGCGGAGAUUCAAUGUGAGUAUUUGAUAAACAGGGGAAGAUUUGAGCAGGCUUUGCAACAGAUUAACGAUAUAGAUCCAGCUCAACGGUCAGAGAAGCUUCUGGACUAUAGAUCCUUCCUGGCCUUCUUAGAAAGUUUCCAGAAGGAGUCCUCAUUCUUUCAAAACUUGCCGACGAGCACGCUCCAGUUUGCCAACCACCUUUCGUCGUUCAACAGCUUUUCGGAUAUGGUGACAUACUAUAACUACAUAAUGGAGUCGCGCUCCACAUUCCAAACGAACGAUUCUAUGCAGGCGAAGGAGGAAGUCGCCUCACAGAUCCUGAACAACCUUUUGGACUCCGUUUCGCUAUUGCCCAAGGGUCAACAUACUGGGGAAGUGUACAGGGGGAAACUGAAGGCUUUCUACCGGUUCAAAACGUUCCUGAAACUGACAGAUUUCAAGACAGAUGAUGUGAUGAAGCUGAUAAAGAUAUGGACAGCAGUGGCUCCUGAGACCACGGAGGCCUUCUUCAACAACAUCGUCGAAUCCCUCUACCUGUCCCCGCAUACCAACGUCAUCUCGUUGACGUACGACUUGAGAUGGAUAUUUACAAGCCACGAGCUGGGAAAAGUCCUCGAAGAGAUCUCACACUACUUCACGCUGAAUAAAGAUACAACCAAGCUGAAACAAAUGCAAGAACUCAAAGAGGCUCUUGCCGCAUCCGGUGAGAACGAAACAGACGCUGUUAUGGCGUUUACAUAG